CAAGACUCGGAUGUUUCUUUUCGAAUGUCCCUAUUCUCUCUUCCCUCCUAUGUCGUCCUGCUAGUUCCUCGUUUCUGAAGCUCCUCGCGGGCUAUUCAUCGCCCCAUUCUCGCAUUAGAUCUCUAAGUCCUCCGUUAGUUACGUCCAUCGGUAUCGCUAGUGCCAGGCGACGUUUUGCUGUCGUCAAACGGCGGAACGAUCAAUCCAUCACUGCAUCGCACACGAUCACAGAUCGGAUCAUGGCGACUGGCGAAAUGACAGUAACUGAGUCUGAAACCCUUCAGGGGGUUCCGCCGUCCGUGUUAACGUCCUCGUCGAAGCGCUCCGUCGUGCUCGUCUUAGACUUCGGAUCUCAGUACACGCAGCUGAUCACGCGCCGCAUUCGCGAGCUCGGAGUCUACUCCGUCAGCUUGCCGGCCGGCGUGCCGUUGGAUCAGAUCCAGGCCGUCCAUCCGACGAUCGUCGUUCUCUCCGGCGGGCCGAACUCCGUGCACGAGGAAGGUUCGCCGACGGUUCCCGAGGGGUUCUUCGACUAUGUUAUAAAGGGAAAUAUUACCGUUCUUGGGAUCUGCUAUGGGAUGCAGCUGAUCGUUCAGACGCUGGGUGGUGACGUGGCACGAGCCGAGGCGCAGGAGUACGGACGGAUGGAUAUCGUGGCGGACGGUGAUUCGGCGCUGUUUGGCGGAGGCGACGCGGGGAAGGUCGAGGGCGAACUGCGACAGACCGUUUGGAUGAGCCACGGCGACGAGGCGACGAAGCUGCCGGAGGGGUUCAAAGUGGUGGCGCGCAGCGAUCAGGGCACGGUAGUGGCGAUUGAGUGCACUGCACGCAAGAUAUUCGGACUGCAGUACCACCCCGAGGUGACUCACACCCCUAGGGGCAUGGAGACUCUUCGCCGUGUGGUCUUCGAUAUAGGGGGCGCGCAUGCCGAUUGGCAGAUGCAGGAGGUGCUGGAUGAGGCGAUCUCAGCCGUCCAAGCGGCGGUGGGCCCGGUGAAGCAUGCCGUGUGUGCGCUGUCGGGCGGCGUUGACUCGACUGUAGCGGCCACGCUGGUGCAUAAGGCGAUUGGCGAUCGCCUGCACUGCAUAUUCGUGGAUAAUGGCUUGCUGCGAUUCGAGGAGCAGCAGCGGGUGAUGGCUAUGUUUGAUGCGGACCUUCAUCUCCCAGUCACCUGUGUGGACGCCUCUGACCGGUUUCUCUCAAAGCUCAAGGGGGUCACGGAUCCCGAGAAGAAGAGGCGGAUCAUCGGCGCGGAGUUCAUUGCAGUCUUUGACGACUUUGCAACUAAGCUGGAGGAGAAACUGGGGCACAGACCCGAGUGCCUGGUGCAAGGUACGCUGUAUCCGGACGUGAUUGAGUCGUGCCCGCCGCCCGGCAGCGGGAAGAAGCACUCUCACACCAUCAAGAGCCACCACAACGUGGGUGGUUUACCCGAGAAUAUGCGCUUUACCCUCGUCGAGCCCCUCAAAUGGCUGUUCAAGGACGAGGUGCGCAAGAUCGGGGCGCUCCUCAACGUGCCCUCCUCCUUCCUCUCCCGCCAUCCCUUCCCCGGGCCUGGCCUGGCGGUUCGGGUGCUGGGCGACGUGUGUGCUGAUGGGGCACUGGACACCAUCCGCCAGGUGGAUGAGAUCUUCAUCAAUGCGAUUAAGGAGGCCGGACUCUAUGACCAGAUCUGGCAGGCGUUCGCCGUCUUCUUGCCGGUCCGGUCGGUGGGCGUGCAAGGCGACAGGCGCACGCACUCGCACGUGGUGGCGCUGAGAGCAAUCACCAGCCAAGACGGCAUGACAGCGGACUGGUUUGAAUUUGACACAAAGUUCCUUCGUGAGGUUUCAGCCCGCAUUUGCAACAGCGUGAGCGGGGUGAAUCGAGUAGUGUAUGAUAUCACAUCAAAGCCUCCAGCUACAGUGGAGUGGGAAUAGUGGCGAUGGUGAAUGACGAUUAUGCAAUGGCUGAGAGAAUUGUGCUAGAGCACCACGUUGUAGCCUGCAAGAUGCUUACAUAGUCAGCUAGGUGCAUACGAUUUUUAAAUAUGAUAGAAAGCAUUUUUAUAGCAACCUUGUAGUAUUGUUGGGGUUUUGAAACCGUAUUGAGGAGAACAACGGGGGCGUUGA